CUCAUAAAUAAAGCACUGUGUAUCGGGGACAUCUCUGGAAACCCCAUCAAAGAAAAGGACACCAUAGGCCCUGUCCUCUUGUUCUUCCUUCCUACACCAUGUGGAAGGACAAACAGGCUCUGCAAUGUCUGAUUUCAGUUCUUCUUGCCUUCCUGACCUCUGCUUCCUUAUCACCUGGACAACCGAAGUAUAUGGUGCUGGUCCCUUCCCAGCUCUACACUGAGACCCCUGAGAAAAUCUGCUUCCAUCUCCUCGAUCUGAAUGAGACAGUGACUGUCAGGGCCUCCUUGCAGUCUAGCUGGGGAACCAGAAGUCUUUCCAAUGAGUUUGUGGUCGACAAGGACAUGUUCCACUGUGACUCCUUCACUCUCCCCAGAGUCUCAGCUUCAGAUGAGAUGUCCCUCUCUGUCCACAUCAAAGGACCAACACAUGAAUUCAACAAAAAGAGUAUGGUGCUGGUGAAGAACAAAGAAAGUGUUGUCUUUGUCCAGACAGACAAACCCGUGUACAAACCAGGACAGUCAGUCAAGUUUCGGGUUGUCUCUAUGGAUAAAAACCUACGCCCCCUGAAUGAGUUGUUUCCUCUGGCUUACAUUGAGGAUCCAAAGAGGAAUCGAAUUAUGCAGUGGCGGGAUAUUAACACAGAGCAUGGCCUUAAGCAGCUGUCCUUCAGCCUGUCAUCAGAGCCUAUUCAGGGCUCCUACAAGAUAGUGAUAGUGAAACAAUCAGGAGAGAAGAAAGAGCACUCCUUCACUGUGGAGGAAUUUGUGCUUCCCAGGUUUGAAGUUCAAGUAAAGGUUCCAAAGGCCAUCUCUGUGCAAGAUGAAAAAGUAAACAUGACUGUGUGUGGAGUAUAUACCUAUGGGAAGCCUGUACCAGGACAGGUAAAGAUAAGUAUAUGCCUUGAAUAUCAGCAUCCUAGCAGGAGGGGUGCAUGCAAAGAAGUCAGUUACCAGCUAGACAACAAUGGCUGCAUCACAAAAGAAGAAAACAUUGCUGUGUUUCCUUUAAAGAAAAGACCUAAAGCCCAGCGUCUCUUUGUGAAUGCAAAGGUUAUAGAAGAAGGGACAGGAUUCGAGUUCAUGGGAUCUGGAACAACUAAAAUUAAAAGAACCACAACCAAACUCAUAUUUGUGAAAGUGGAUUCACACUUUAAACGUGGGAUUCCAUUCAUAGUGAAAGUCUGCCUAGUGGAUAUCAAAGGAGCUCCCAUGCCGAAUGAGCAAGUCUUCAUCAAAGCACAUGAACUUGACUACACCAAUGUCACUACCUCUGAUCAGCAUGGCCUGGCAGAGUUCUCCAUCAACACCACCAACAUCGAGGGGUCUUCCCUCACUAUCAAAGUCUACCACAAAGAGGAAAAUUCAUGCAUCCAUCACCCUUGUACAGCAGAAAAGCACGCAGAGAUUCAUCAUGUGGCUCACAGUGUGUACUCCUUCAGCAGGAGCUACGUCCACCUGGAGACAGAGGCCGGCAUCUUGCCCUGCAGUCAGAAUCACACGGUUCAGGCACAUUUUAUUCUUCAGGGGCCAGUCUUGAGAGUGAUGGGAGAGCUUAUCUUCUAUUACCUGGUCAUGGCCAAGGGCAGCAUUAUCCAGACUGGAAGCCAUACUCACCACAUGGAGCCAGGAGAAUCUCCAGUGAAAGGCAACUUUGCCCUGGAGAUUCCUGUGGACUUCAGCAUGGCUCCUGAGGCUAAAGUACUCAUCUAUGCCAUAUUGCCUGAUGGAGAAAUGAUUGCAGAUUCUGCAAAACUUGAAGUUGAAAAGUGUCUUCUCAACAAAGUGGACCUGACCUUCACCCCAGCCCAAAGUCUUCCCGCCUCACAGGCCCAUCUGCGUGUUGCAGCUUCUCCUCAGUCCCUCUGUGGCCUAAGAGCUGUGGACCAAAGCGUGCUGCUCCUGAGGCCUGAAGCUGAGCUCUCCCCUUCCUGGGUGAGUCCCCAUCAUCCUGUCCAAGAAAGGCCUGGGAUAUACAAUCUGCCAGAUAUGCAGCCCAGCAACUUCAUCUCAAGUCCAUACCAACUACUUGAAGAAGAAGACCUAUGUGAGUGGAAUAGAGAUAGUGAUGGCCUCAUAUCCUUACACCCAAAUGAGAAGGAUGUCUACAGUUACGUGGAGGACAUGGGCUUAAAGGCAUUCACCAACUUGAAGAUCAAACAUACUGAAGCAUGUUUGCAUAUUGAGAUUUUUAAUCCAAUAGAAGUUUCUGAUGUCGAAUUUAGCAGUGAAGACUUAGGAGUCAUGAAAUUAUUAGCACAUAGAAAUCCACCACUGGAGGUUCCACCACAUAAAGAUCCACCACGUGAAGAUCCACCACAUGAAGAUCCACCUACUGAGACCUUUCGAAAAUAUUUUCCUGAAACGUGGAUCUGGGAUUUAGUCACAGUAAACUCAUCAGGAGUAGCUGAAGUGGAAGUGACAGUCCCUGACACCAUCACUGAGUGGAAGGCCGGAGCCCUCUGCCUGUCCAGUGACACUGGACUUGGCCUCUCCCCUGCGGUAUCUCUCCAAGCCUUCCAGCCCUUCUUUGUGGAGCUCACGAUGCCCUACUCUGUGAUCCGUGGAGAAGCCUUCACGCUCAAGGCCACCGUGCUGAACUACCUCCCUACAUGCAUCCGGGUCGGUGUGCUGCUGGAAGACUCCCCCGAUUUCACAGCUGUCCCAGUGUCAAAAGACGAAGAUUCUUACUGCCUCUGUGCCAACGGGAGGCACACCGCAUCCUGGUUGGUAACUCCCAAAUCAUUAGGGAAUGUGAAUUUCUCUGUGACUGCAGAAGCACGACAGUCCCCAGAGCCUUGUGGUUCUGAGGUGGCCACAGUUCCUGAAACUGGGAAGAAGGACACAGUUGUCAAAGUCCUGAUAGUGGAGCCCGAAGGAAUUAAGAAAGAACACACCUUCAGUUCACUGCUCUGUGCCUCAGAUGCUGGCAUAUCUGAAAAAUUGUCCCUGAUGCUCCCACCAGCAGUAGUGAAAGAUUCAGCCAGAGCCCAUUUCUCUGUGUUGGGUGAUAUCUUGAGUUCAGCCAUAAAAAACACACAGAAUCUUCUUGCAAUGCCCUUUGGCUGUGGGGAGCAGAACAUGGUCCUUUUUGCUCCUAACAUCUACGUACUGAAAUAUCUGAAUGAGACCCAACAGCUGACUGAGAAGAUCAAGUCAGAGGCCAUUGGUUACCUCAAUGCUGGCUAUCAGAGGGAGCUGAACUACAAACACAAGGAUGGCUCCUACAGCGCCUUCGGGGAUCAGGGCGACCAGAGUCAAGGAAGCACUUGGCUCACAGCCUUUGUGCUCAAGUCUUUUGCCCAAGCUCGAGCCUUCAUCUUCAUCGAUGAAACACACAUCACCCACGCCUUCACCUGGCUCUCCCAGCAGCAGCAGGACAAUGGCUGUUUCAGGAGCUCUGGAUCGCUGUUCAACAAUGCCAUGAAGGGUGGAGUAGAAGACGAAGUGACUCUCUCUGCCUAUAUAACCAUUGCCCUUCUGGAGAGUUCACUUCCAGACACACAACCUGUUGUCUCCAAAGCGCUGACCUGCCUGGAGUCAUCCUGGAAGUCAAUAGAGCACAGGGGAGAUGGCAGCUCUGUGUACACCAAGGCACUGCUGGCCUACGCUUUCGCUCUGGCAGGGAACCAGGACAAGAGAAAUGAAAUCCUAAAAUCACUUGAUACUGAAGCUGUAAAGGAAGACAACUCCGUCCAUUGGGAAAGACCUCAGAAACCCAGGAAUUCAGAGAGGUAUCUGUACAAACCCCAGGCUCCCUCUGCUGAAGUGGAGAUGAAUGCCUAUGUCCUCCUCACUCUCCUCACUGCCCAGCCAGCCCCAGCCCCUGAGGACCUGGCUUUGGCAGUGCGCAUCGUGAAGUGGAUCACAAAGCAGCAGAAUUCCCAUGGUGGCUUCUCUUCCACACAGGACACUGUGGUGGCUCUUCAUGCUUUGUCCAAGUAUGGAGCGGUUACUUUUUCUAGAAGUCAGAAAACUCCUCUGGUGACCAUCCAAUCUUCAGGGACAUUUUCUAGAGAGUUCCAAAUAGAGAACAGUAAUCGCCUGUUGCUGCAGCAGGCCCCACUACCAGACAUCCCUGGGGACUAUGACAUCAAUGUGUCAGGGGAAGGAUGUGUGUAUGCUCAGACAACGCUAAGAUACAAUGUGCACUUGGAGAAACAGGAGUCUGCAUUCACUCUGCGGGUACAGACAGAACCUCUGACAUGUGAUAACCCCAAAGGCCACAACAGCUUCCAGAUCUCACUAGAAAUCAGUUAUACAGGGAGCCGUCCAGCCUCCAACAUGGUGAUUGUUGAUGUGAAGAUGGUGUCUGGUUUCAUUCCAUUGAAACCAACAGUGAAAAGGCUUGAAAGAUCAGAGCAUGUGAGCAGAACAGAAGUGAGCAACAACAAUGUCUUAUUAUAUGUGGAUCAGGUGACCAAUCAGACACUGGCCUUUUCCUUCGUCAUUCAACAAGACAUCCCAGUGAGGAACCUGCAGCCUGCCAUUGUGAAAGUCUAUGACUACUACGAGACAGAUGAAACAGUUUUUGCUGAAUACAGCGCCCCCUGCAGCUCAGAUAAACAAAAUUCUUGAAACUCAUAUUUGAGGACAAGACAUUGCUGGAAUCCCCGAAUCCAGGAACCUUCAGGAUGGUGAUUUUUGUUGCCUCUGCAAUACAAAUACUGAACAAGCAUGGUAAAUAAAUGCAUACUUCUAAAGUG